CGCACCUGGGCCGGGCAGGUAAGCGCCGGGGCGGGCCGGGGAGCGGCGCUCGGAGUCGCGGGCUGCGCGGGGCCGGCUGUUGCUUCCCCGGCAGCUCGAGGACAGCGGUGGCGCCGUGAUCGUAGCUGGGGACGGGGUUCCGAGGUAGCCGGAUCGAGGAGAGAGUCUUUGGCUGGCCCAGAGAAAGGAAAGCUGACUUGAGGCCCCGCUCUCCGGAUCCCCGUGGAUACAUUGCCUGUUCAUCUCUAUCAUGGCCCUCCACCCCCGCAGAGUUCGGCUGAAGCCCUGGCUGGUGGCCCAGGUGGAUAGUGGCCUGUACCCUGGGCUCAUCUGGCUACACAGGGACUCCAAACGCUUCCAGAUUCCCUGGAAACAUGCCACCCGGCAUAGCCCCCAACAAGAGGAAGAAAAUACCAUUUUCAAGGCGUGGGCUGUGGAGACAGGGAAGUACCAGGAAGGGGUGGAUGAUCCUGACCCAGCUAAAUGGAAGGCCCAGCUUCGCUGUGCUCUCAACAAGAGCAGGGAAUUCAACCUGAUGUACGAUGGCACCAAGGAAGUACCCAUGAACCCAGUGAAGAUAUAUCAAGUGUGUGACAUCCCCCAGCCUCAGGGGUCGAUCAUUAACCCAGGAUCCACUGGAUCUGCUCCUUGGGAUGAGAAGGAUAAUGAUGUAGAUGAAGAUGAUGAGGAAGAUGAGCUCGAUCAGUCACAACACCAUGUUCCCAUCCAGGACACCUUCCCCUUCCUGAACAUCAAUGGUUCUCCGAUGGCACCAGCCAGUGUGGGUAACUGCAGCCCUGAAGCAGUGUGGCCCAAAACUGAACCUCUGGAAAUAGAUGUACCCCAGACACCUAUACAGCCCUUUUAUAGCUCUCCAGAGCUGUGGAUCAGCUCUCUCCCAAUGACUGACCUGGACAUCAAGUUUCAGUACCGUGGGAAGGAAUACGGGCAAACCAUGACUGUGAGCAACCCCCAGGGCUGCCGGCUCUUCUAUGGCGACCUGGGUCCCAUGCCUGACCAAGAAGAGCUCUUUGGUCCUGUCAGCCUGGAACAGGUCAAGUUCCCAGGGCCAGAGCAUAUCACCAAUGAGAAGCAGAAGCUGUUCACCAGUAAGCUGCUAGAUGUCAUGGACAGAGGACUGAUCCUGGAGGUCAGCGGUCAUGCAAUUUAUGCCAUCAGGCUGUGCCAGUGCAAGGUGUACUGGUCUGGGCCAUGUGCCCCAUCACUUGUUGCCCCCAACCUGAUUGAGAGGCAAAAGAAGGUCAAACUAUUUUGUCUGGAAACGUUCCUUAGUGAUCUCAUUGCCCACCAGAAAGGACAGAUAGAGAAGCAGCCACCAUUUGAGAUCUACUUAUGCUUUGGGGAAGAAUGGCCAGAUGGGAAACCCCUGGAAAGGAAACUCAUCUUGGUUCAGGUCAUUCCAGUGGUAGCUCGGAUGAUCUACGAGAUGUUUUCUGGUGAUUUUACACGGUCCUUUGACAGUGGCAGUGUCCGCCUGCAGAUCUCAACUCCAGACAUCAAAGAUAACAUCGUUGCUCAACUGAAGCAGCUGUACCGCAUCCUCCAAACCCAAGAAAGCUGGCAGCCCAUGCAGCCCACCCCCAGCAUGCAACUUCCCUCUGCUCUGCCAGCCCAGUAAUCAUGAAUGCCAUCUUUUUUUACAAUAUUGUACAUAUAUUUUUUAUUAUUCAGAUUUAACCAGCUUCAAAACCUCUUCUUUCUAACAAUGUUAGUGGUCUCCAAUUCUCCACAUAUCUGGCUUUUGAAGUUGAUUUAUUUAUGGAAAAAUCACCCUUCAUAUUCCCCCUUUCUUUUUUAAACCUCCCAAUGUUAGUGUAAAAUAGUAGAAGGAGAUUUGGCCUGGGACUUCAGACACCAGCAUUCUAGCUGCAGCUCUGCUUCAGUGGUGUGACCUUGAAACACCAAAUCAUUUAACCUCUAAGCUUCCGAUUCAUUAUUGUAAAAUGAAGGGGUUGGAACAAUGCCUGAAAUAAUGCCAGUUAAAACUCUGACCUGAUGACUUCAUUCUACUUGUACAAGGCAAAACUGCCUGGAACAGAACCCUUCUGCAUUGUUCUUGCACCACAUUUUUUUCUUGCUUUCAUUAAAGUUCCCUCAAGCGCUGAUUUGUCCAACAUUGAUCUCCGUUUGACCUGUUCUGCUAGUAUAGUAAGCUUGCUCCCUGACGGGGUGAGAGGGAGGAGAGCUGGCUGGUUGCUUAGGAACCAAGCUUGAUAUCUAAAUAGAAAUAGGUGCCAAAGUCUGAAAGUCACCUGGUCUGUGAAGGAAAAGCUCAUAAACUGAGCAAUCUGUCAACAGAAGGCCCAGGGAUUCUGCAGAGUUGGUUGUCAGUUGUUUCCCUUGCCACCAAAUAACACUGUGCAUGUGGUAGAUGAGAGUAUGUAACUCAGUGGUACCUUUCAGAGAGGAUAGAGCUCUUUCUUUUUCUUCCUUGAGGAAGACCUGGGAGUGAGCGAGGUAUGCAGUACAAACUCCUCACUAAAAAAGGGAUAAUUCCUUCUUGUUUGGGAAUUUUUCCAGUGUUACUAUCAUUUGGAUUUUUUUUUUUUUUUUUUACAAGAGUGAAUGCUUCUCCCUUCUUGUGGAGGUAGCUGGGUGUGAACUACUCAGGUGAUGAUUGGUUGUAGAACAUUGCAGCUACAGCUGUCAUAGACUGGUCUUAUCUAUUAGCUUUUGCUCAGUGUCUGACCUUUCUGCCCCAUUCCCAACCUUAAAAAAAAGUAGAAUUUAAACUCCAAGACCUAAAUGGAAAACAAGAUGUUAAUCUCUAGUUGCAGGCCCCUAAUCCUUUUGAAUACUGAUGCCGAUCAGUGCCAGGCCGUUGUAAGAAAACCCAUGUCUAGUGUGCUACCCUUGAACUGGGCCAUCCGCUACUUGCUACUGAAAUUGAAUUAGCUGAACACUGAGGCUAGCUUCAAAAACCAUAAGCUCGGGAUCCCUGGGUGGCGCAGCGGUUUGGCGCCUGCCUUUGGCCCAGGGCGCGAUCCUGGAGACCCAGGAUCGAAUCCCAUAUCGGGCUCCCGGUGCAUGGAGCCUGCUUGUCCCUCUGCCUGUGUCUCUGCCUCUCUCUCUCUCUCUGUGACUAUCAUAAAUAAAUAAAUUAAAAAAAAAGACUAUUAAAAAAAAAACAAAAACCAUAAGCUCAAUUCAGUUACAGUUGACAAUGGGACUUAUUUAGAAUGUGUAAGCUGUGGUUUUAGGGUCUCUACGGGACAUAGUGGGAUCUGCUGUUACUAAAAUAUGACCAGGAGAAAUCUGGGUAAAUGCCAGGUGCUCAGCUGGGGGCAGAAGUUGGGCUUGUAGAGACCAGGAAACAUGCAAGAUAUAGAAACUUUAUUUUUUUUUAAGAUUUUAUUUAUUCAUGAGAGACACACAGAGGCAGAGACACAGGCAGAGAGAGAAGCAGGAUCCAUGAAGGGAGCCCGAUGUGGGACUUGAUCCCAGGACUCCAGGAUCAUGCCCUGGGCAGAGGGCAGGUGCUCAACCUCUGAGCCACCCAGUCGUCCCAAAACUUCAUAUUCUUUGGUCAUUUUGAGUAACGUGAAGGAUUCAUUUGGUAUCUGCUCAUUCUGUAACUGCACAGCUCAAAGUUAAAAAGAACUCACUGUAGGUAAGUUGGGAGGGCAACUGCUAGAUCUGGGUAGUCUUUCUCCCUUAUGAUGGGAGAGGCUAAUAGCCAGGCUCUCCUUCUUGAUGGGGGCCCAGAUAAUUUGAGCUGGCAAAGUGUUGAAGAUUGUAUUCUUAAGGGCCAAGAAGGCUCACACGCUUGUAGUAUGUGACUCUAAUGAAAAGUUUACAAAGAUCCAGAGGAAUGGAUGAGUGGUUUUAUGUAGUCUUCAUUAGAGAGCCCAGUUUCUUCCAAUGUUUUUUUUUUUUUUCUUUUAAUCAUUUUCAGAAUGCUGGGAGAGGAGCCCCUGGGUGGCUCUGUUGCUCUGUUGGUUAAGUGUUGGAUUCUUGAUUUUGGUUCAGGUCAUGAUCUCAGGGUCAUGAGAUUGAGCCCCACAUCUGGCUUCAUACUCAGUGGGGAGCUGCUUGAGAUUCUCGGUCUCCCUCUUCCUCUGCCACCCCUUCUCCACACCGCUUGCACACUCCCUAAUAAUAAAUAAAUCUUAAACAACAACAACAAAAACCCAAAAAAACCCACAAAAAAUGCUGGGAGUGUGCAUGCUGGGCUGUCCACUGGUCUCCCUCAGUGUUCCUUCUCUGCUUCUCGUGGAUAGAUAGAUACCAGGUGCGGUUUCUUCCUUGGAGUGUUAUCUCCUUUGCUGGCUCUAUCACACACACUCUUGGUGUGUUCUACUUCCUUGCCUCCACCUUGCUUAAGAGUGGAAAGGGAUUUGGAUGAUGCCAUUACCUCUUCUGUCUGUUCUCCGCCAACCUGGAUUAGUUCAGAAUGAAACCAGAACACUACGGAUAAAUUGGGAGGGCAAGUGCUGGACCUGGGCUUGUCCCUUUCCCCAUAUAAUCAAUUAGGCCUCUGUUUAUAUGUCCCCGUAUCGUUCCUUUCUCAGAGUAAUCAGUCCCCUUGCAAAUGUUCAGCAUCUGUGUCCUAUUUGACCCCAAACUCCCUGAAGGUAGGGAUGGUGUGCCUUGGACUUUGCGGCCAAUGUCUGCUACAUGCUCUUGUUCCCGACUAGAACUGAUCCUUGACCACCACCACUUGGCACUGCCACAGGCUCACUUACGCUAAGUGUUUCUUGAUAAACAUGGUACAGUACGGCAGAUGUAUUUUCUUACGAUUUUUUUUAACGUUUCCUCUUUCCCUACUGUUACCUAUUGUAAAAGAAUACAAUAUAUAAUGUUGCUAUAACAAA